CAAGCAAGAAAAAAAGAAGAAAAUGAACUGUCAGAAACACAUAAAAAAAGGCUGGCCUCCGCUGACUGUCACUUAUGUAAACUGAUAGAAAUUAAUAGACACACAAGACCAAAUCUAUACGCUUUUUCUCCGGGUACCUGCUUACACACAUCUUUUCCAUCACCGACAACCGCCCCCCUCCCCACAUUCACCAUGUCGGCCCCGCCUAACCUCCCGAAAAUGAGCUACCGCCUCCUAGGCCGCUCCGGUCUCUAUGUUUCGGCCAUCUCGCUAGGCGGCUGGCUCACCUACGGCGGCCACGUUGAUGACGAAAACACCUUCGCAUGCAUGAAAGCCGCCUAUGACAGUGGCGUAAAUUUCUUCGACUGCGCCGAGGGUUAUGCAGAUGGCAAGUCAGAAGAAGUGAUGGGCGAAGCGAUCCGUAAAUUCGGCUGGAAGCGCAAUGAUCUCGUCAUCUCAACCAAGGUCUACUACGGCUCCGCCUUCAGCGCCAACCCCGUAAACAACCGCGGCCUCAGCCGCAAGCACAUCCUCGAGGGGACCUCCGCCAGCCUCACCCGCCUCGGCCUCACCUACGUCGACCUCCUCUACGCGCACCGGCCCGACCGCCUCACACCCAUGGAAGAGACCGUGCGCGCCUUCAACCACCUGAUCUCCAGCGGCCAAGCCCUAUACUGGGGCACAUCCGAGUGGAGCGCCGACGAGAUCGCCUCCGCCUGGCGCGUCGCCGACCGCCUCGGCCUAGUCGGCCCUUUGAUGGAACAGCCGCUGUACAACCUCCUCGACCGCGAGCGCGUCGAGCGCGAGUACGCGCACCUGUACCGGGAGACGGGGCUCGGGCUGACCGUGUACUCGCCCAUGAAGUCCGGGAUGCUCACCGGCAAAUACACGGACGGCGUGCCGCCGGACUCGCGCUUCGCGCAGGAGGGGGUCGAGUACAUCGCGGGGUACUGGCGGCGGACGGGCAAGGAGGCGUGGGACGCCAACAUCGCGCGCGUUAAUAGACUGAGGCCGAUCGCGGAGCAGCUGGGGGUGACGCAGGGCCAGCUGGCGCUGGCGUGGGUGCUGCGGAACCCGCACGUCAGCUCGGCGAUCACGGGCGCGAGCCGGCCCGAGCAGGUGUAUGAGAAUGUGCGGGCGUUGGAGGUCGUGGAUAAGCUGACGCCUGAGAUCUUGGAGAAGAUUGAUGAGAUACUGGAGAACAAGCCGCCGGCUAUAGUGGAGAGGUUCUAGAAUGGGACGCCUGCCUAAAUUACCUAGGUGCCUACAGAUUAUACUCGACCAAGGUUACUGCCUAGGUGUGUAUAAACAUAUCUACGGUUAAGAGAGAGUUCACGGAGAAAAAUAGACGCAGACAGAUUAGAA